AUGUCAACACACGACGACCACCACCACCGCGAAGGAGCUACCGCAGACCUUGUAGACAUACCAGUGGAACUGAAACGGCAGCUGGUGCGCAUCGGAAUUGACGUCGACCGUGUAGUGGCGAGGAUAAAAGCGGGCGACCUGCCCCUGAUCAAGGAAGUACUUGCACAUGUAAACAAACUCCAAGCCAAAGUUGACCGUAUCCGAGCCAGCAACUCAGUCAUUGAGAAGGAAAUAUCAUCGAACAAGCGUGCGCUUGAGGACAGCGAGGACGAGGGUACAAUCCAGAACAAAAAGCGCGUCAACACCGCAGGAAACACAGGACGUGAUCUGAACGCCUCUCGCUGGGCCAACAAGGACGUGGAGAUGACCGGAAAGGAACAACCAGCUAAGGAACGAAUGGUUGCGGGGAUACGCACGCCCCACAAGUUAUUGCCUGGCCCAAGGAUUGUGGUUGACCCGACACCACCCGACGCAUCAGGCAAUAAUACAGAUGGCGGGCACAAGAACGCGAAGGAGGACGACCACUCGGACGAUGAGUAUGACCACCGUCGGGGCCGUUGGAGGUCGCCUUUGGAGAUAAAGACGAGGGUGGCCAACAGAGAGAAGCUGGCACGCUCGGGAGCACGGGCAAACAUGGAAGUAGUGGGACGGAUUCCUGACCUAUUCGGCGUAGUGGUAAGUCCACAUCAUACGCCCCAACAAAACAAUUACAUGUAUGGGAUGACAAACGUGAACGCAUAUGUCUCGAUACAAACCAACACGGUGUACGUACGCUCGACCGCCGUAAACGCUGAAAGCUGGGAGCAUACCAACGCUACUAGUUUCCGCCCAAGCCCACAGCAUACGCUCUACAAUCUUGUGCCUCGGGGAUUUCCAAGAAACCCACUGGAAGUCGAACACCUUGUGGACAUCACUCAAAAUACAGGCAAUGCGCGAGGGUAUGCGUCGUGGAUUCGAAUUGAGGCCCAUGACCUACUGGAGGAGUUCAGGAAUAUUGCCUUAGCGGUGACACCCAGCAAUCGAGACCGGGCAAUGUCGCACGCCCUAACAUACAAGCGCACGGCGUAUGUCCCGGACCUCACUGAUAAACACUGGACACACGCACCAAUGCCAAUCGAAGCAAAGAAGAUGCACGGCCUGGUGGAGGACGUAAGGAACGAGACGGUGAAAAUACCACCGCCUGAGCGAUUGCUGGAAAUCGAGGGAUUUGCGAAAUACAUCCUGUACUACGCAAGACCGGGUAGUAUCAAUAUGCUUGUUGGAAUUAUAAUGGAUCGGUUUCUGCGCCUUGACCGUCGAUCCGUGUUUGGAGGAGGAUUGCUGAGGAUUAUACGCCCCGUGGACCGUGGUGCUCAUAGCGCGUUCACGAGGCAGUAUGUCAUCCUGGUGGCGCAUAGCAAUCGCUACCGCGAGGCCAUAGCGCGUUACAAUCAAGAGAACCCGAACGCGACAUUCAAGGUGCAGCGAGGCCCACCGUUUAAGGUCAUACGGUCCAGCGCGGAUGAGCACUCUGCGCGUAAUCUCACGGUAGACGAUGUAAUCAAUGUGCUCCUAGAAAACGGCAUACCACCCGAAUGGGUCGAUCAUGCGUACAACUUUGGUUACCAAUACAUGAACCAGAAGUACCACGCAACGGCGAUGGAUGACGACCUGUGGGCAGAGGCCGACACCGAGCAAUUGCGCAGAAUAAUGGAAUUUGGUGAGCCGAAAGGAAUACCUGAAUGGUCGGGAUGGAGAUACCCAUCCGAGGACGACCGCAUACGUGUGAAACUCAUCAUGGAAUGUGAGGCAGCGAUGAAACCGCCCAUCAUCAGCCUCAGACACACUGCUUGGUUGCAAGCCGGAAUGGAACCAACCGCACUAUACCUCAAAGAACGCCCGCAGGCCAUAGUCGAAGCAUACCGUUCAUUGACGGCGUCUAACGCGCAACACGCAAACCCUAUAUUGCAUGCAAAAGCGCAGGGGGCGCAAGGAUUACAGGCUGCUGACGCCGCUAAUGCGGCUCUCGCUGAAAUGACUCAAGGGCUCAAUCUACAGGACCAGAAACAUGAAAUGCUUGACUAUGGAUCGGGGGACGACGAGGUCGAUGACAAAACUACCGACGCGAACAUGUCAGCCGAGGAGUAG